CGGCUCAGCUGGAGUGAGGUCGAGGAGGAGGAGUCGAAACGGAAGCCGCGUCGCGGUUUCGGUCUGGUCCCCCCCCGGAGCCACGCCACGCCAUCGUCGUCUUCCUCCUCCACCUCCUCCUCGUCGUCGUCGUCGUCUUCUUCUUCUUCUCCCCCUGCAACGCAAUCCCAUCUCAUCGACCUGCUUGCCUGCAUAGUGCGCGCCAACCCCAACCCCUUCCCCUCUCCAAAUCUCCUACUGCCCCGGCCCCGUGCUUCUUCGACCUGGGCACCCGCACUGGUGCGGGAUUGGACUCACAGAUUCUAGGGUUUCGCCCCUCGCGGCGAUUCCACCACCCAAGGUUUGCGUUCCUUCUGUUGGUGCAUACACGACUCCACCUAUCACCGUUAUGUUCUCGCUGCGCAAUGCAUAGAAGCUGCACUCACGAGGCUCCAUCUCCUAUGCUUGUACCAGUAUACUAAACAAUGGCCAAACUUCCAAUAGUUGGUCGCAGUGCACCUCGCAAACCCAACGAAAGCAUGAGGCUUCUUGUAGUAACAGUUAUUGGGGUGAUGUUAGGUUUCUUUAUUGGAAUUUCGUUCCCAGCAGUUAGCAUAACAAAGCUUCACUUCCCAUCUAGUAUUGUUUCGUACAUAGAAGACAAGAACUCAGCAUUGACAGCUCAAGCGAUACUAAAUCAUGCUUGGACAGCUGCUAGGAAUGCAAAGGGAAAUGAUACUGAAUCAAGCUCAGACACUGCCAUGAAGAUUUAUGUACCAACAAACCCCAGAGGAGCAGAGAGCCUGGCACCUGGUAUUGUUGUACCAGAGUCCGAUUUUCAUCCACGCAGGUUAUGGGGAAACCCAGAUGAGGAUCUACCCUUCAAACCGAAGUACCUUGUUACUUUCACUGUCGGAAUUUCGCAGAAAGAGAACAUAAAUAGGGCAGUCAAGAAGUUUUCUGAUAAUUUUGCUAUCCUGUUAUUUCACUAUGAUGGUCGGGUGAGUGAAUGGGAUGAAUUUGAGUGGUCAAAGCGAGCUAUACAUGUUAGUGUACGGAGGCAAGCGAAAUGGUGGUAUGCCAAAAGAUUCUUACACCCUGAUAUCGUGGCAUCUUAUGAGUACAUAUUUAUCUGGGACGAGGAUCUUGGAGUUGAGCAUUUUAACGCAGAGGAGUACAUUAAACUUGUCAAGAAAUAUCAGCUAGAAAUCUCACAACCUGGUUUAGAGCCAGAUCGGGGAUUGACAUGGCAGAUGACCAAAAGAAGAGGGGAUCACCAGGUUCACAAGGAGACAGAGGAGAGACCAGGCUGGUGCACUGACCCUCAUCUUCCACCUUGUGCUGCCUUUGUUGAAAUAAUGGCCCCGGUGUUCUCCAGAGAUGCAUGGAGAUGUGUAUGGCAUAUGAUUCAGAAUGACUUGGUUCAUGGAUGGGGUCUUGAUUUCGCUCUCAGAAGAUGUGUAGAUCCUGCACAUGAGAAAAUCGGUGUCGUUGAUUCCCAAUGGAUUGUACAUCAAGUGGUUCCUUCUCUUGGGAACCAGGGGCAGUCAGAGCACGGGAGGGCACCGUGGGAAGGGGUAAGGGAACGUUGUCGGAAAGAAUGGGGAAUUUUCCAGACGAGAAUUGCGGAGGCAGAGAAGUCAUAUUACGAGAUGAUGGGCGUCCCCCCACCAAACGUAACAUUUGUCCACUAGGCUACUAUACAUUACCUGCUGUUAAUCCGCUCACCUAUUUUUUAGCCCCAAUACAAUAGUAGCACUUGUGUAGAGAGCUAAGCUAGAUAUGAUGAUGGUGAUAUUCAUGAUACGUGUAGAGCAUACGAAACGUCAUAUCUAUCUAUUAAUUCCAUUUUUUCUGUUUGAUCUCCUUGCUGUGCUGUGCUAUGCUAUUUUCAUGAGUUGUCACA